CCCCUUUCAUCUCCAUUCCAAGAACACCCACCCCGCAUUACUCGCUAAUUAGAACCAUUUAUUGAUUACGUAAUGUUUAUUUCGGAGUAGAAUAGGGGUGUUGUUUACUAAUCAAUGGACAUUACUGAUGUGGCCCUCAACAACCCCACAGCAAAGCUGGCCCAAUGUGACUUGCACAGAACAAGUGUUUUGGCUGUUUACCGCUCAAAUUUGCUCGACGGUCCACUGAAGCAGGGCGGCGUCAUCCCUGAGCCGCUAUUUGACUGAAACGUUGGGCGCUGGCUGCUCAGAAUGACGGAUGCUGUAGAAUGGGCCACGAUGAAAGCCUCGGAGGGAGUUAUGAGCGGACAGAUUAAUGAGCACUGGCUUUUCUGUAUUCCAGUGCAAGUUGGUCCUGCUACAGAGUACGCACGUAGUGUAAGACAUUGGUAUGCCUUUAUCAUCCUGCUGCAAGCUGCGCAAGUGGUUGCCCAGCUAAUCAUCAAGACUGAUUUGCUUCAGUCUGUCUUAAUGGCGGUUUCAGUCUUGCUCGGCUUGUAUGGUUGGUAUCAGGAUUUGAAUAUCACCUGGGUUUGUUUGUGGGGCCUGAUCUCGGUCGUUCUGGGAGUCAUGGCCAUCAUCUCAGAGUUGAUUCCGGCCAUAACUGGGGUUCUCAGCUUCGAUAUUUUCGGUCUUCUUCUCAUCAUCAGUGUGCCUUUGGUGUACUUCCUAGCCGCGGCUUUCUCGUGGCAUCUUUACAAUGACUAUGCUGCGGAUCAUGGACGAGCAGCUUCAUCCUUUGACCCUUUCGCCAAAUAUAGCAAGUAUGACCCUUUAGCCAAGGUGCCCAUGUCAGACAGCAUCAUGGACCAGACUGCCGACCGCCUGUUUGAUUCCCACACACCCGGGGCUUUUAGCUACGGUGCUGCAGAGACGCGGCGAGAGCGCGGCGGGAUUUGCUGCUAGCGGCCCUCAUAGCUCAGUUGUGCCUUGGUUUCACAGACCGCUUGAAGGGGAGGAGGUGAAGCAGUGAUAGUUCCUGAAUAAUCAUGCACAAGUGGCGUGAUGGCUGCGAUGAUGUCGUGCCUAGCUUGGAAACAUGCGGAAAAGGUGCGUUUAUUGAUAAGGGAUGCCCUGCC